CUCAAUUCGAAGCCCGCUUAAAAGGGACGUGCGCGCUCUCUUCCCAGCUACAAACGUACAAUUCUUUCAAUCAGUUUCAAUUAUAAUUAAACAUCAUACACAAUGGCUGCAACCAUUAACAGUGGGCUGCACCUGGAGGCCAUCGAUCGCAUCACAUCCAUUCCGUUGGUGGAGACAAGUGUCAAGCGUGUCGAGAAUAUCUACGACAAAGUGAAGCACAACAAUCGCUUGUUCAGCUGGUACUUUGAAACAGCCGAGGCGACCAUUUCAGCUGCCUACGAAACAGUUCAGCCGGCUGUCAAGCUCUUCGAGCUGCCGCUGAAGCGUCUGGACAAUGUGAUGUGCAAGAGUCUGGACAUCUUGGAGCAACGCAUUCCCUUGGUUUAUUUGCCACCCGAAAUGAUGUAUUGGAAUACCAAGGAAUACAUGUCGGAUCAUCUGGUUCGUCCCGUGCUGAAGCGUGCCGAUUCCGUGAAGCAAAUUGGCAACGCAGUGCUGGAGAAUCCUCUCACCACCUAUGCGGCAAGUCGCCUUGAUGGCGCCUUCACGGCAGGCGACAAAUUCGUGGACAAAUACCUGUCCACAGAUCAGGAUCAGACAGACGCCCCUCAUGAGGAUGAUAACGAGCCAACGGGCGCAACGGCGGAGGAGAAGGGCGCCAUUAAAGCAAUUCAUCACGGUCAACGCUUCUCCCGCAAACUGAAGCGACGACUGACACAAAGAACUCUCCUCGAGGCGCGCGCUCUGAAGAAGCAAAGCAAGGAAGCCAUCCAUGUGCUCAUCUAUGCUGCUGAACUGAUUGCCACAGAUCCCAAGCAAGCCAUGCAGAAGGCCAAGGAACUGUGGGGCUAUUUAAGUGCAGAUGAGCCCGAGAAUCAGGCGCGACCUGUGACACUGGAGCAGCUGAUAGUGCUCCUCACCCGUGAAUCUGCUCGUCGUGUAGUCCACCUGGUCAACUACAGCGCUAACGUGGCGUCCAACAUACCCAAAAACUUGGCGCACACCACCACCGAGGUUGUUCAUCACAUCGUCUACAUAAAUAAUCGCAUUAUUACCAUCACACGCCUGGAUAAGGUCAAGAACAUAUCCAAGGAGGAAGCAGAAUCUCUAUUCAAACGCAUGAUUGCCUUCUAUGGUGAUCUGCAAGGACUAACAAAUGGUUAUCUGGAACGCGUUGCCAGUUUUCUUUCCGGACGCAUUGAGGCGGAGAAGGUGACGGGUAGCGACGGCAGCAGCACUGUUAAUCGUUCCUCGAGAAGACGACCGGAGACAAAUAAUUUUUCGCCCUCGCAUAACAAUAUAAAUGGCGUCUAUUGAGAAAUCGAGUUUUUUAUUGCUUACGUAUUUUUGUUUCUAAUCAUAGAAUUUUACUUUUGCUUGCAUUUACGUACUAACUAAAUGUUCACAUUUAUCAACAACAUUUACUCUAUUCACUUAAAUAAAUGCUCCUUAUAGUAUUUUAA